AGGGCCAAAUUUAGAGAGAGAAACAGAAGGUGAGAGGAAAAAGUGAAGCAAAGAUAGGGCUCAGAGCUGCUUCAAAAACCCUUGUUUGGCCGAUUCGAUCCAAGAUUACGUCGUUGUUUUCUUGGUUUCUGUACUGGAUCUGCUUGGAGGUGUGAUCUGCGUCGACAGUGGCUUAACUAGGGUUUCCAUGAGUCCACCUGCUGAGGAGAAGAUGGAAGAUGUUAAGCCAUUAGCCGCCUCAGCCAACAGCUCACAGGGCGAACAUGGUGACCCUGCUGACUCUCGAUUCACUGAAUUCUGCAAGAAUGGAUUGUCAUUGGAUGAUGAAAGUUGCAGACAGGCAACGAAGCUGUUCACCGAAACCAAACACCUUCUACAGACCAAUGUAUCAUCUCUCGGGAAUGGAACGUAUGAAGAAGCAGAACGGUAUUGGUUUUCCUUUGUCUUGUACUCUGUUAAGAGAUUGGCUGAUAAGCAUACGGACAGUGAGAAGGAAGUGACUGAUAGCAAUGGACUUACCUUGUGCCAGAUAUUGAGAAAGGCAAAGUUAAACAUUGUGGACUUUUUCAAAGAACUUCCUCAGUUUCUUGUUAAGGGUGGUCCGAUUUUAAGUAACUUAUAUGGCACAGAUUGGGAAAACAGGCUUGAGGCAAAGGAGUUGCAUGCAAACUUUCUUCACUUAAGCAUUCUUAGCAAGUAUUACAAACGUGCAUUCGGGGAGUUCUUCUUGGUAAAUGAUGCUACUGAAAAAAAUUCAGCUGCUUCAAGGGCUGGUGAUUAUGCAUCUCAAUAUCAUCGAUUUGGAUGGUUGGUUUUUUUGGCUCUUCGAGUCCAUGCUUUCAGCCGAUUUAAAGACUUGGUGACUUGCACCAAUGGUUUAGUUUCUAUAUUGGCUAUCUUGAUUAUUCAUAUUCCUGCUCGCUUCAGAAAUUUUGACAUUCAUGAUGCGUCACGCUUUGUUAAGAAGAGUAGCAAAGGUGUGGACAUCAUAGCAUCACUUUGCAACAUGUAUGACACUUCAGAAGAUGAUGUGAGAAAAACUAUGGAGAAAGCCAAUAAUUUAAUUGCAGAUAUAUUGAAGAAGAAGCCUUGUCUAGCAUCUGAAUGUGAAACCGCAACACUUGAGAAUAUUGACAAAGAUGGUUUGUUCUACUUUAAUGAUCUUAUGGAAGAAUCAUCUCUACCAUCUUGUUUAAAUAUCUUAGAAAAGGAUUAUGAUGAUGCCAUUCGUAACAAGGGUGAGCUGGAUGAGAGGUUAUUUAUCAAUGAGGAGGACAGCUUAUUAGCUUCAGGAAGCUUGUCUGGAGGUUCAAUGUCUGCAAGUGGUGUCAAGAGGAAAUUUGAUUCAUUGGCGUCACCUACAAAGACGAUUACAAGCCCACUCUCUCCCCAAUGCUCUCCUGCAUCUCAUCAUGCAAAUGGCAUUCCAAUUAGCACAACUUCAAAGAUGGCUGCCACUCCUGUAACCACUGCUAUGACUACUGCUAAGUGGCUUCGUACUGUCAUAUGUCCACUUCCAUCAAAGCCUUCUCCUGAGCUGGAGAAAUUUCUGGCAUCAUGUGAUAGGGAUGUCUCAAGUGACGUAGUGCGCAGGGCACAGAUUAUAUUGCAGGCUAUAUUUCCUAGUAGUCCUUUGGGAGAGCGAUGUUUAACUGGAAGCCUUCAAAGUGCAAACCUCAUGGACAAUGUUUGGGCAGAACAACGGAGACUGGAAGCCCUGAAGUUAUAUUAUAGGGUCCUGGAGGCAAUGUGCAGAGCAGAGUCCCAAAUACUGCAUGCAACCAAUUUAACGUCAUUAUUAACUAAUGAGAGGUUCCAUAGAUGCAUGCUUGCAUGUUCUGCAGAAUUAGUGCUGGCAACACAUAAGACCGUAACAAUGUUGUUUCCUGCAGUGCUAGAAAGGACUGGAAUUACAGCUUUUGACCUUAGCAAGGUGAUAGAAAGCUUCAUAAGACAUGAAGAUUCUCUCCCAAGAGAAUUGAGGCGACAUCUGAAUUCAUUGGAAGAACGGCUUUUAGAGAGUAUGGUAUGGGAAAAGGGUUCCUCGAUGUAUAAUUCUUUGACAGUUGCCAGACCUUCCCUCUCUUCUGAAAUAACUCGUCUCGGAUUGUUAGCUGAACCAAUGCCAUCAUUAGAUGCAAUUGCAACGCAUAUUAAUUUCUUGUGGGGGGCUACCUCCGGGCCUUCCUUGCAGAAGCCUGAGACUUUACCAAGUCAAAAUGGGGAUAUUAGGUCUCCUAAACGACUCUGCACAGAAUAUCGGAGUGUGCUAGCAGAACGAAAUUCCUUUACCUCACCAGUGAAGGAUCGACUUCUUCCCUUCAGUAACCUUAAGUCAAAGCUACCUCCUCCUUUGCAGUCAGCUUUUGCAAGUCCAACAAGACCAAAUCCAGGGGGUGGGGGGGAGACUUGUGCAGAAACAGGGAUCAAUAUCUUUUUUGGAAAGAUCGUUAAGUUGGCAGCAGUCAGAAUAAGUGGCAUGGUUGAAAGGCUCCAAUUGUCUCAACAGAUAAGAGAGAAUGUGUACCGUCUUUUCCAACAAAUACUUAAUCAAAGGACGUCACUUUUCUUCAACCGCCAUAUUGAUCAAAUCAUUCUAUGUUGUUUCUAUGGAAUUGCAAAGAUUUCUCAACUGAACUUAACUUUUAGGGAGAUCAUUUACAAUUAUAGGAAGCAACCACAAUGCAAACCACAAGUUUUUCGCGGUGUAUUUAUUGACUGGUCAUCAACGCGCCGCAAUGGGAGAACCGGACAGGAGCAUGUUGAUAUCAUUACAUUUUACAAUGAAAUAUUCAUCCCCUCUGUAAAAGCUCUGCUGGUUGAGCUUGGUCCUGGGGGAACAACUACAAAAGCCAACCGGAUACCUGAAGCCAACAACAGCAGUGAUGACCAUUUAGCUCAGUGUCCUGGAUCUCCUAAAAUUUCACCUUUUCCUAGCCUUCCUGAUAUGUCCCCGAAGAAAGUAUCUGCAUCACACAAUGUGUAUGUCUCACCAUUGCGAUCAGCCAAGAUGGAUGCCCUAAUAUCACAUAGCUCAAAAAGCUACUAUGCCUGCGUUGGGGAGAGCACUCAUGCAUAUCAGAGCCCUUCAAAAGACCUGACCGCCAUCAAUAACCGUUUGAAUGGCACCCGGAAGGUUAGAGGACCUCUCAACUUUGAUGAUGUUGAUGUUGGCUUGGUCAGUGACUCCAUGGUUGCAAACAGUCUCUAUCUGCAGAAUGGAAGUUGUGCGUCCUCAUCUGGAGCACCAGUGAAGUCUGAGCAGCCGGACAGUUGAAUGUUAACGUAGAAUAGUUAUUCCAUGUGUAUAUUCUUUUUAGUCCUGAUUCUUCAUACAAUGUUGUUCAUAGCAGUGAGUUCAUGACACAGGUGGGUAUAGAAUGAGCGGUGAGAUUGUAGAAUGCCGCCACUUCCCACCCUGUGCUUUGUAUGUUAGGUAUUGGAGUGGAAAAUGUAGGCCUUUUGUUAAAUUUAUCAAAUAAAAGUUUCUUCCU